UAACGAUGAUAAGUGCGUUAAUCUGCUCCAUUUCGCUGGUGUGGCUGACGUUCAGGAAGUACUACCGCGCACCGCUGGUGACCACGCAGAUGCCGGCGGGCGUGUCAGUCAACAAAAUCAUAUUCCCAGCAGUCGGUAUCUGUUCUAACAAUAGGAUUAGUAAACGAGCGAUCACAGAACUGGCGCGAAAGCUGGUUAAAGAAGAACGCAAUAAAAUGUACGAUGAGGAAGGAAUGCUAUCUUUACUACAGGGUCUUGGUGUGUUAUAUAACAUAGACCCUAUGGACAAUGAAGUGGUUAAGCCGAUGCAACUGCACCGCGCGCUCGGCUUCUACGAUGUCAAUGAACUUAUGAGGAACUUAACACCCCGAUGCGAGGAUCUUCUAUUGCGAUGUGCAUGGAAUGAUGAGCCUAAGAAUUGCUCCAAGUUGUUCGACUUCCGAUUGACAAUGAACGGAUACUGUUGUACUUUUAAUUAUUUACGACGAUCUGAUGGCAUGUUUAAAGACACAACGGAAAUAAGUCGCAGCAUUGACAUGUAUAAAUACGGCAACAAAUCGAGUUUUGAUUUCGAUCAAGGAUUGAAAAUUUUGAUGCGACUCAAUGGAAGUGAUGACUUUUACUACAGUCGUCCUUUACAAGGCGGACAAUUGCAGUUCUCCGACGCGUACGACUUCCCAGAUGCACCGAGUGGAAGUUUUUCAAUGCAAAUCAUUAGUCCAAAUGUACAGAUGACAGUAUUAGUUACUGCAAGCUUCACUGAAGCUUCUCGUGACAUCCAGCACGUUCCAGUAAAGUUACGUCAAUGCCUCUUCUACGAUGAGUCUCAGUACCUCUCCUUCUACACUCACAGUGACUGCAUGCUUAAAUGUCGGAUGUCCUUUCUAUUAGCUAACUGUAACUGCACACCGUUCAAUAUGCCCAAGAUGCCGAAUACAAGGACUUGCGAUAUGAGAGAUGUGCCUUGUCUUAGAAUUUACAAUGCACAAUCAAUCACAGUCCGUCCGAAUGUUGAUCAAGUGCCAUUUGAGUUGGAAAUGAACAUUGUCGACGGAGGCAUCAAUUGCCCGAUGUGCUAUCCAACUUGUUCUAAAACUGCAUACAAUUAUGACUUUACUAAUGUUAGAAUUUAUCCGGACUAUUUGAACAGUGUACCGGACACCGACAGAGUUGAUUGGCUUCGUGGCGCGAAUUUCACCGGAACUUCCAUUGUGCAUGUGAAAUAUGGUAGAGAAGUAGCCGACUGCUACGGGCAAAAUGUUAUUAUGAAAUGGUUUGACUUGAUUAGUAACAUCGGCUCAACGUGUGGCUUCGUGACGGGCUUCAGUUUUGUCUCAGCGUUGGAGUUUGUAUAUUUUUUUACUGUAAAAUUGUGGCGGGAAAUGCAGAAGCGUAGACGGGAAAAGUCAGCAGGGAACAUGGUGGCGUUGGGGUCGCCUCCAUAUGAUACAAUAAAGAGAUAUCAUUCCUUGUAUUGGAAUGAGUUGGUUGGACCAACGAGGUGGAAAUACGACGAUAAGAUGUUAAGACAAUAAAAAUUUAAACAAGCAAUGAAGAUGA